AAAUAAGAGCAUGUUGUGGGGUGGGCGUCUUUUCUCACCAAAAAUGAGUCCCCGUCUCAUCGAUUUCUCUUACAGGCUCUAUUUGUCUAUUUAGGAUCACCCCUUCAAAGAAAGUUUCUGGCUUUUCUUCAUUACUCAUAAAGGUAUUAAAGUAGUAAAGCACAACACAUAAUCUUGAUCCGCGUUAAGGCUUGCCCUUUUUCUUUUAUUUUCUUUUCUUUGUUCUUCCAAUGAAUGGUUUUGCUUUGAAUUGAAAACCUGCAAAGAAAGCAUCGAUUUUGAAUGGAGGAAGGGUACCCCAGAAGCAAGUUCAAGACCGUGUGUGUCUUCUGUGGCAGCAACUCUGGCAACCGGCAAAUCUUCAGCGACGCUGCGAUUCAAUUGGGCAAUGAACUGGUAAAGAGGAACUUAGACUUGGUGUAUGGUGGUGGCAGUGUUGGGCUGAUGGGCUUAAUAUCUCAGAGAGUCUAUGAUGGAGGCUGCCAUGUCCUGGGGAUCAUUCCAAAAGCUCUCAUGCCUCUCGAGAUAUCUGGUGAAACAGUAGGUGAAGUAAGAAUUGUUUCAGAUAUGCAUGAGCGUAAAGCUGCAAUGGCUCAAGAAGCUGAUGCAUUUGUUGCUCUCCCUGGAGGAUACGGAACCAUGGAAGAGCUGUUGGAGAUGAUAACUUGGGCCCAACUUGGAAUUCAUAAAAAACCGGUUGGUCUACUGAAUGUUGACGGUUACUAUAACUGUUUGCUUGCAUUAUUUGACAAUGGUGUUAAAGAAGGCUUCAUUAAGCCUGGUGCACGGAAUAUUGUUGUCUCUGCUACUUCUGCUAAAGAACUUAUGAUGAAGAUGGAGCAUUACAGUCCUUCGCACGAACAUGUUGCCCCUCAUGAGAGCUGGCAGAUGAAGCAAUUAGGUGAUUAUCCAGAUGCUGAAUGAGACUGUUAUUGAUGGAAGGUUUUUCUGAAGAAAUUGAUUUGUGAUGUGAUUCUUCAUCAUAUGAGAUGUGUACAAGUGCCUGCAUAGAUGGGGGCCAUAUGUUGUUUGUUACUGUGUACCACGUACGUUUUUUUAUGACUGAGUGCUAGAGGCUUUAUUAUU